AGGAGCCGGAGCAGGCAGAGGAGGCUCCACGUGCAGGCACCGCUCUCUGGAUCUGCAGCCGCUCGGGCCGGGAGCAUCGCCCGCCCCGCAUCCCGCAGGAUUUCCUGUUCCCAGCCCUUGGCCGGAUGGAGGAUGAGGCUGCGAGGAAGAGGAAGAUGUCCCGGGACACCCAGGCAGAUAACGAGCUGAGCACGGAGCCCAGGGAGGACAAAUCCCCGCGGCAGAACCUGGUGGAAGAGGCCGUUUUGAGCGGCUCCACAGCGCAGGAAUCCAACGGGGAGGAAAAGCCCCAGAGAUCCCGCAGGAGCAGGGGCUGCAAACACAGCCCAGAGUGCUCUGAGGAGGAAAGACCCACCCUGUUCCAGGAAGGCAGCUGGAGAUCCAGCCAGAGCUCAGACCUGGUGGUCCAUGAGCAGCUUCAUGAUGGGAAGAAGCCCUACGAGUGUGGGGAAUGUGGGAAGAGCUUCAACCGGAGCUCCCACCUGAUCGACCACCAGAGGAUCCACACCGGGGAGAGGCCCUACGAGUGUGGGGAAUGUGGGAAGAACUUCAGCCGGAGCUCCAGCCUGAUCCGCCACCAGAUUAUCCACACUGGGGAACGGCCCUAUGAGUGUGGGGAAUGUGGGAAGAGCUUCACAGACAGCUCCAACCUGAUUGUCCACCAGCGCAUCCACACAGGACAGAGGCCCUACAAGUGUUCCGAGUGUGGGAAGAGGUUUCACACCAGCUCCAGUCUCCUCCUGCACCAGCGGAGUCACACAGAUGAGAGGCCCUUCCGCUGCUCUGAGUGCCGGAGGGGCUUCAGGUACAACUCCAACCUCGUCACCCACCGGCGCAUCCACACCGGGGAGAGGCCCUACAAGUGUCCCCAGUGUGGGAAGAGCUUCUCCAGGAGCUCUCAC